CAAGGAUAUGAUCGCACUGAACGAAACACUCGGAGAUUGUUACGUCUUGAUAAAAACACUUCAGAAGCAGAAUAAAUCGAUUCAAAUGUUUACCAUGUUCGCAUGCUCUAUAUAGUACUAACACAGACAUACCCUAUGAUGCCAUACAGCUGACUAAGAUGCGGAUAUGAGCCUAUGAGAUCCUACUACAAAACGAUCUGGCCAACAUCUGUGCUUAGGACAAUAGCUAAAUGGAACACUGUAUCUGGUGACAUCUUAGACUGUGACAGUCAAUAAAUGCAAUUACCCAAAUGCGAACUUGCUGGCCAGGGCUUCAACAGCUGCAUGGCAUUCACUCUACCUACCCACAGUAUUCUACACCUAUGCAGACUCAUGUCGAAACUCUAUCUGCCAGAUAUAUUCAGCAUUAAUAUAGCUGAAUUAUUUUGUUAUAACAUCUUAAAUCAUAGUGAUAGAGGCACAAUAAAACACUGGAUAUUAUUUGUGAUAGAUUGGACAGAGGUGUUUUAUAGUGAUUGUAGUUAUCUUAAGUCAACAGCCUAUAGAACUAAACUGUGUCAGUCUGUUAUCAGCCAGUCUGUAGGUAACUGGCUUAACAAUAGUGCAACAUGCCUAAGAACAAUGAUCAUGAAGCUGAUGAGCCUCUAACUAAAAAGCAGCGUCACUCAAGCAGUAGCAACCAGUCAGAUAGCAGCUCUUCAUCUGCAUUUUCAAUACCCACACCUCCAGAUGGUGGAUGGGGAUGGAUAGUUGUGUUUGGCUCAUUCAUAUGCCAUCUCAUUGCCGAUGGAAUAGGCUUCUCAUUUGGAGUCAUCUAUGCAAACUUAUUAGAGCAGUUUGGAGAAUCUAAAGCUAAGACGUCAUGGGUUGCCUCUCUCUUCCUCUCUGUUCCCUUGAUUGCUGCACCCAUUGGAAGUGCACUCACUAACAAAUAUGGCUGUCGGACAGUCACCAUGUGUGGUGGAUUUGUUGCAAUGUUUGGAUUUUUCCUCAGUUAUUUUGUGACUUCCAUUGAGAUGCUAUGUGUAACAAUAGGACUUAUAUCUGGACUGGGUCUCUCUGUGGUAUAUGUUGCUGCAAUAAUUGUUGUUGCCUACUAUUUUGAGACAAAGCGAGCAUUUGCCACAGGCUUAGCUGUUAGUGGAUCUGGUAUAGGAACAUUUGUAUUUGCCCCACUGACUGAAUUCCUCAUGGGGAAGUAUGGAUGGAGAGGAACUAUCUUAAUACUGGGGGGUAUCAUGCUGAACAUUGUAGUUGCUGGGGCUCUUUUCAGACCUCUUGAAACCAAAAGAGAUAAAAAGCGUAAAAGAUAUCUCAGAUCAUUAGCAAAAUUUUCGAGACAGAACUCCACCAUAAGUAUGGACGAUAUAAACCAAAUACAUAUACCUUUGAAUGGUAGUGCCAGUAUAAAUGAUAAUUGUAUAGAUCUGGAUAUGCAAAAGCAUAGCAUGUUGAAUGAUCCUGUGACACAGUCCCUUAUGACUCUACCAACAUACUACCACAAUGAUCACAUCAAUAGAGAUGUGGAGGUAAUACAUGAAGACAAUGAUGAACACUUCAGUGGGAGUCUACCUCAUAUAGCAGACGACUCUUGCAAUGUCCUGGAAAUAUCACAGUCACACUCUGUCAGUCUCUGUGAUGAACAGUUCCCUAUUUGUAAUGUUCCACGUAAAAACUCACCAGAUAAGUUAAUCAAUAGUACUCCUGCAAUGAGCAAUGGACCCUGGAAACAAAAUACUAUAAGAAAAACCCCUGAUACAUUGACAAUACAACCAAUGUAUCGCAAAGAUAUAUUUUAUCGAGGCAGUUUAGUGAGAAUUCCUCGCUUUAAAACAUCAUCAAGUUGUCCAAAUAUCCACGUAAAAACCAAAACUGAGGCUACAGAUACCAACAUUUUGAGUAUAAUCUCUGUAUCUUCUGAAGUGAAACAGAUUCUCAAGGAAAUGAUGGACAUAACUAUUUUAAAGAAUUUGUCAUUCAUCAUGUUCUGUGUGUCUAACAUUAUCCUCUACAUGUGGUAUGAUGUUGUAUAUGUCUAUGUGACUGACAGAGCUAUCAACCAGGGUCACUCUGAGGCCCUCUCUUCACUUCUCAUCUCCAUCAUUGGUAUUGUUAAUACCAUCGGUCAAGUGAUCUUUGGAGUUAUUGGAGAUCAUCCCAAAGUUAACUCUCUGUUCCUCUACAUGACAGCUAUCAUAAUAUGUGGUGUAUCUGUUAUAGUAAUACCACUGUGUUACAACUAUCCAUUACUUGCCACAGCCACUGGAGGCUUUGGAUUCUUUAUUGCAUCAAACUAUUCAUUGACAACCAUUAUCCUGGUGGAUCUAGUUGGCAUGGGGAGACUAACUAAUGCUAUGGGUUUAGUCAUGAUGGCACAGGGGAUCAGUAACCUCAUUGGACCUCCUUUAGCAGGUAAAAUCUCUGAUGAUACCGGUUCAUAUGAUGCGGCUUUCUAUGCAUCAGGGGCAUUCAUAGUACUAUCUGGUGCUUUGCUGCUUCUUAUUCCCUGUUUAAGCACCUUGUGUAAAGGCACAGACACUGUAGUUGACACUGCUGAACAUCAGGCUCACUCUAAUGGAACUGCAAAGCACCAACCUUCCUCAAAUGGAACUAACGGAUACCAAUCUUCCUCAAAUGGAACUAAUGGGUAUAUACGAACAGACUUGAAUAAUAAAAAAGAGACAUCUGUUACAAUAACUGUGGUGUAGUACAUCUGUAAUGUAAUUUAUACAUCUGGGCUCAAUGAUAUUAUUACAUACCCUGGAAAGAUAUAUGGUUCAUAUUUUAGCCUGAACUUGUGUAUUAUAACGAUAUUGUUACCCUGGCAAUAGACUAAUACGCGAUAGACGAAAACAUGGUCAUUAACAUAAACAUCUCCCGCAAUGCAUCACUUCAACUGGGACAAAUUUUCAUUUUCAAUGUUAAUUCUC